UCAUCCGGUUUGUGCUAUCAGCUAGCACGCCUGCUAAAGUUCUGUUAUUUUCUCACUUGUCCGGACCUUUUUCCAACUAGGUGCAAGAUCAACAUGGCUUCUGUGACACCAGCAUGAUGUCGAGUUAAUUAAAAUGUGACUUUAUGUGCGGUAGCGAGAAGCAGAGCUCUUUCCAGUAUUGGCUCGUAGCUGUGCAGUAGCAACAGAUAUUCUGCAGCAUUAAUUUAUUUCAACAGGUGUUAGCUUUAAGAAAGCAACAUUAGUGGGGUGAAUCAUUUUCUUUUUGUAAGUAUCCCGAGUAAUUUCCGCCUAGAAACGUUUAUAUUAGUCUAAAUAUCAUUGGUUUCACGUAUCUGGCUACGAUGCGUGAACUUGGCAAGAGUUGAAUGCCACUCUUACUUGUUGAAAUAAAUACAUUGCUAGCCUGUCAUGACAUUCGGCCGUGUGCUGUUGAGCCUCAGUUUGCACAGGUCGAAAAGUGUUUGCUCACAAAAACUGAAUAUUGUAACAGAGCUCCAAGUUUGGAAGCUGCAUUCAACGUUUGCCAACAGCUGUGGUAACUCAGAAGCUCUUAAACCCCCUUUACACAGAUUCAGACCUCAGAUAGCAGCUCAGUCCUGUAUCUGUUUACCAGCAGUGAGUGUUAUGCAGCCAGCCAGCAUAUCCUAUGAAGGUCAGGGCAGUGUUGUGGCCUCUGAUGGUGAAUAUGACGAGGAGGAGGGUUGUACAGGUGGGGCUGAAACCUUGGUUGAAGUGGAGAGCAGACUGCAACAAGAUAAAGUUAGUUUAACCAGCCAGGUUGAUGCGAUCAGCUUGGAGGUCCAUGGAAACAUCGCAGACGCUGAAACCUCUACAGGGUUAACUCCAGCAGCGUCAAGUGAAAAAAAAUCAAAGCGGAAGAUGAGGAGAGAGAGGAUAAAGCUGAUGGGGAGGAAGCUAAAAUCAGCUGAAGUAUCUGCCAAUUUAAUGUCAGAGCUGCCUUUUGCUCUGACCAGUCCCACCACAUGGAAAGAGCUUGGCUUUCCCAUGCCAGAGACGUCUGAGAAAAAAAGGAAGAGAAAAAGAGGAGACGUAGGGGGCAGAAUGGACAGCGAGGAGGAUGGUGACCAGAAGAAAAAAAAGAAAGAGAGCCAAAGACCAAACUACUUUGUUUCCAUACCCAUUACCAACACUCAGAUGAAGUCACUUGUGAAAGAGGUGCAAGAGGCCGUGCUUCAGAAGGAGCCCCGACUCGCCAAAGCCAUGAUCCCAGUCCCGACCCUUCACAUCACACUACUGGUCACUCAUCUGGCCAGUGAGGAGCAAGUAGAGCUUGCGGCUGCCGUGCUGGCUCAGGCCGCGCCGUCAGUGGCUGAGCUGCUGGGGGGGCGGGACCUGGUGCUGCCCUUCUCGGGAAUCCGUCAUUUCAGGAAGGAGGUGGUGUUUGUUGGGCUGGACAGCGGAGAACACAGACACACACUGGACAGCCUUGCAGAGUUGGUGCGUAGGCGUUUCGAGGAGCAAGGUCUCCUGCAGGGAGACAACCGUGACUUCGAGCCGCACCUCACCAUCAUGAAGCUGUCGAGAGCGUCAAAACUCCGAUUUCAGGGAAUAAAACGAGUGGAACCAGGCCUUUACUCCGACUACACAAACAAGUUUUUUGGAAACCAGACAGUGGAGCGUUUGGAUUUGUGUUCCAUGUUAAAAAAGAAGCAGCAAGAUGGAUAUUAUCACACCGAGACUUCACUACAACUAGGUGGACGCCGCCGCUCGGAGCCCGACGAGGCCGAGCUGUUGAGGGUCAGCAGGAGGUUGGUGGAGGACGCUGUCAGCCGCGCCUUGCAACAGUACAAACAGGAAACCCUUCAAAACGGGGGCGGGCCCAACGCCGCAGCGCUCCAGUCGCCUGGAAGCGCAGAGGAGACGAAGACGGACACUACGGCUAACUCCUCCACGGACAACAGGAAGUGACACCUUUGCGCGGAGGCGCACAGACUCUGAACAUCCGGCGGCCCAGAAAAGAUCAGCUAGGCCUGGCUAAGCAGGGGAACGGUGCGCUAAGACCCGCCCUCAAAGCCAGAACCAAUCACAGCACGCCUCCCACCUGAGCUAGCUGGGCAAAGUGCUCAAUAAUUAGAUAACAUAGCUUCACGUCCUAGCAGUGGUGACUGUCCUAGCAAGACACCUUGCUAAUUAAUUUGCCGCUGUCCAGACAUGGACGUAUGUGAAGCACUCCUCUAAAUACAGGCCUCACUGUGAGCUGCCACAACAAACUGCCCAUUCAGAGUAGAGGGUUCAAUUUUCUAGGAAAUGUUGGUUCGUCUUCACCUGCGCUCCGAAUGAGCUCGGAGACGUCCUUGCGGUCAGUUUCAUCGCUCAUCACUGUGUGGCCCGAGCUGGUCUGACUCACCGAGGCCGGUUUCUUCCAACUUGAAUCGUGGUUCAGAGUGUCCGACUUUGGCCCUCGCACGCCUUCGUUUGUCCAGCUGCCGUCUUCAGGACAUGGGUUUUCUUUAGCCUUCCAGCAUUUUAACUGUUCAGACUUCUGCCUCCACCAGGUCACAGAAACACAAGCUUUACAUGUUGCGUGAAAGCCCUGUUUUACCCAAGUGGCAAUCAUUUGGCUCGGUGGCUGCUGAUGAUGGGUUUUGAAGCCGAUCUGGACUCCAGCGUCCAGAUUCUUCCACGCGGUGCAUUAAAAUAAAAGAUUAAUAACACUAACGUCACACAGUUCAGGAGGCCUGGACGCAGCCAGCGCCAGGAAACAACACGAUCACUUGUUGCCAAGAACACAUCUGUACUUGAUCAAUGCCAAAACUGACACCAUUGUAUUGCUUUCCUACCUACUGUCUAUUCUGUUUGAAAGAGUAGAGAGAAAAGUAUUUAUUUUAUGUCUGCCGUUUUAAAAUCUGAGGCAAACUCUUAGCGCUGAAUUGUCGAAGUCAAGCUGGAGUCUGUUCUGUUUGAAGCUCCGCGUUUUUUUCUUUCUGGACGCUUUUAAUCGUAAUCUGAGAAGCUUUUGUUUGGUAAAAACGUGCGGGCAGUGAUUCCGAUCACAGCUCACAAGCUCUUCAGUUUACCAUCUUCCUUUUGUUUCUUGUUUUUGAUUUUGUCUUUGCGUCGCGUGCGGCUUCGCAGAUUAUUUAAUGAAUUUAGGGCGAUAUUUGACAGUGAAGGAUAAAACAAAGACAAACAAAGACAAACAGAGUCUUUUCAUUACUUUUAAAGUUUCAUCUGUUCUCUGUAAGUUAAAUAUAAUUGAAUGUUUUUUUAAAAAGUAUUUUUUUCUGCUAUCUACCAGUAAAAUUACAUUUUUGAAAAUCUUAAAAGCACAGAAUUUUACAUUUUUCUUUUUAACUGUUUUAUUUUAUUUUUAAUUAUUAUUUCAGCUUUGGUGGUGGCAUUACAAGUUUUUGUGGUUAUAAGUUACUUGGCGUAAAGACAAGCAGGUAACAUUUGUAAAUGGGGUGACAAUAUCUCCUAAAUGUCAACCUUUGGUUUAAAAUUUUGUAGUAAAACAACAAGAAAACCCACCAAACAAACGUGGAAACAGCCUUAGUGUUGAAUCCAAGCUAUUUGCAGUUUUCGAAUCCAAACAGCUUGGAGCUUGAAAUUACAGUUCAGUCCCUGUGAAAUCCACUGAACCACUGUCACUGUGGACAGCAGCUCGUUCUGUCUCAAGGUGGACUUUGGAGGUUUUUUGUUGGUUUGCUUUGAUCUUUUGCUGUCACCAGAUCCUUAAAUCUCCAUGAAAAAUCCCCUUUAAAUGCAAAAGUUCUCCUGUUGGCCUCUGUGACUGUCCAACUGUCUCUGAAAGCGUGUG